AUGCACAAUCAAAUUGGUUCGACCGAGGUAAAUGAUGCGUUAAUGCCUCAUGUGACAGGGUUGCAUGGCAAUGAAGUUGAUAGAUUACUGGAGCCCGAGACACAGAUAAUACAAACAAGUGAAGAGAUUUCUAAAUUCAUGCAAAGGGAAUCAAAGUGGUGGAGUUUCGACGACAAAAUUCAUCUAAGGGAUUUAAUGUGUGAAUUGCCUUCGCUGUUGCUGGCUUGUACACGGCAGUUCGACAGCGAUGAGGACAUCAUGGGAAUCCUGGACGCCUUAAGUAGCAUAAUGGCAAUUUCGAACGGAGUGACCACAGUCUCCUCAUUACUGUUGGCAUUUCAAGUCACUGCUCUACUAUGCAAGCAAUCGCUCAUAUCAGUAUCAAGUUCUACAAAAUUACUUGACCAUCUUUUAAGCACUUUGGAUAAAUCGCUGUUAACUACAAGGCAAAAAGAAUAUGGGCACUGUUCAUUAUUAGUGGGAAUGAAUAACCUUAGGAUUCUUCAAAGCAUCACCAGUUACCAUAUUGAUGGAGCUCAAGAUGUCAAAUCACCAUCUCUUUACAUGAAGGUUAUAUCGCAUAUGAUGAGCGUUUCUCAUACAUGCCAUGAUAAGAAACAAAGGGUAUUGUUAGAACAAUUUCCUGACAAUACUACUCCACUUGAUCUUAAAGCUUUAACGGACGCUUUAUUGUUUCACAUCAAUUUGCGGUCCUUUGCAGCUGAACAAUACCAUGACGUGAUUAACACGAAUAACUAUAGGUGCAUACUAGGUAACAACAAUGCAGACUACAUACGCGAGCAGAUUGAAGUCACCAUGUCAUUCAAUCACAUACAAAAAUUCUUCGAAGCGACAGCUACCGAAAGGCUGAUUAUAAAGCAAGACAUUUUAUCUGCGCUCGUAUCCUAUCUUCAAGCUUGUGCUGAGCUUUACGAUAUACAAGAAAUGCUUACGUUCCCUUCCAGGCUUGAAGGAAUCAAAUCAUAUACUCUCGCUCCUUCAGUACUGAUAGACCUACAAGUCGCCUCCACCGAACGUCUGAUCGCAUUGGUACAAAGCAUGUCACUUGACGAUGACCAGGUCGGUGCUCAGCAUUCAUCACUCGUUAAUCCCUUACGCACUAUUUUAACAGAAUCUGAUUCGCAGAAAUCUACUCAGAGAGGGAAAGCUUCUUUUACGGCCCUUCUAAAAAACUUUUGCUCUUUGUGCGAGUUAUCUAGCCUGUCAUGUUAUUUGAUAUGCAAAGUGAGCGAUGUGAUCGCCAAAUACAAAUUGGAUCAUUCCUACUCAACAAGAACAGAAAAUGUAUAUGUGGAAAUGACUAGAGACAUGGUCAAUUCUUGCAUGGAAUUUUUAUGUAUUCUUGAAGAAGCCAAUCUUUAUCCUUCGAGCACUUCAAACGUCGAGCAUAUGACCACUGCAUCGGUGGCAAUCCAAGCAGUAACAGCUAAGAUCAUGACAAUGUUUCAUCGUCAAUGCUCUAUCAUCAUGACUGACGACGAUAUCACUCAAGAUGUAAAACCAGAAGUCCGUCAUCAGGUUACUUACAGAACCAUUGGCUUGGCAUCCAACUUUGGACGUCACAUACUUCAAUUCGCAAUGGCCAAAUUAUUCAUCAAACCCUCCAGUGCCAAAACAUGCCUAACAGUAUUGCGAGAUAUUCUCCCAGAUGACAUAAAGGAAAAUUUCACUUGUAUGGACGUUGCUUCGCAGCAGCUUAGGCUUUACUGGAGAGAUAUGAUCGCAGUAUUGUUUCCUAAAAUUAUGAAGUUAAAUUACCUGAUCCUCUCAAACAACCAAGAUAUAGCCUGCACGGCUACGACUGUCAUGCACCAGCUCUUAGGACUCUUCUCUGCUUCGGAUAAGCUGUAUGUUCAGUUCAGAUUGUUUAUACAAAAUGAACUGAACACAAGCAUAUUGCGGGCGAAUGACUUCAGUCGGCUCAAAGUCAUGUCUUGUCAUACCAAAUAUCUGAUGUACCAGAACGAAGAAAUCGUUAGACGCUGGCUCAAGUUCACAACAGAAUCAGUUCACUUUCAGGAAAUGCGUGACCAUUUCACAUCAUCCUUUGAGAAAGUCAAGAUGGCAACAUCCGAAUUUGAACGCUUCAAGGCCACAGACGCCGCGUCACUCAUUGAGUUCAAUUAUUCUAAUGCACACCAGGCCAUUUUUGCGGCUGAUGUCAACUGCAGAAGGCAAGUGAUGACAAGGUUACAAUACAAGGAGACCAAAAAUGUUACUACAUGCAAUGUCAAUGGUCGAACGAACAUAGGAGGUGGAAAGGCAUAUAAUAGGAACGAAUUCAGAGACAUACAUGGCUAUCAAACUGCAAACACUAGUAGGCCCCCAUCGGUUCAUGUCGAUGACUUUGCUGAUGGACCGAAUCAAGUAUAACGAACUUUUAAGUGGGAUGUAC